AUGCCACCCGAUCGACAGCGCGCUACACGGAUAGUCCGCGUCCGAACUGGAUGCUGGUCCUGCAGGCGGCGAAAGAAGAAAUGCGACGAAAUCCGACCGAUAUGCGGGGGCUGUAUGCGCAACGAUCUCGGUUGCCAAUGGCCCACAACAGUUCCCGGGAGGAAUUCCGACCCAACAAGCGGCGACUCGAGAAUUAGCCCCGAAGCACGGCGCUCGAGCCCCCUAAACGUGAUUGAAGAUUUAGAAACGAUGAGAUCUCCUCAGAGUCCUGCAUCGUCGUACCGACAAUCCUCAGUUUCGUCGAAUGGGGGCUUAUCUGCAAUUCUUGGAGACGGUGUUGAUCAUGCGGCCCAAGAGGAGAAGAUAACGGAUCGCCGAGAUUCCGAUUCGAGCAACAUUUCACACAACAGCCACAUGAACAAUGCUAUUAUACCUAGGAUGGCGGUCGGGAAUGUCGUGCCUCGGACAAUGUCGAUGCUCCCUGGCUAUGAUCCAGAAUCCUACACAUUGCUGAGCCAUUACCUCAGCACCACCGCUGAUUGCAUGGCUAAUGGCACGACUCCUAUCAACCCCUUUUUGGUCCAGAUCGUGCCAUUGGCAUUCACGAGCGAUUUGUUAUUACAAUUAGUGCUUGCCCAGAGUGCUGCGCACCGGGCAUUCCGACGCCGAGAUGAGUCUGACGCUGUUGCUCAAUCCCACUACACGAAAGCUAUCCAGUUGUUUCGACAUGGAGUGGGCGAAUUCAUUGAGGGAAAGGAACCCAAUCCGUUGAUGUUACUGGUUGGGGCCCUUCUUAUGUGCUUCACAGAGACUGCCAAGGGAGACAUGACAGGAACUAUUUUCGACCACCUUACGGCAGCAAACUCCCUCCUUGUGAAGCUUCUGGAGCAGAGCGACACUGCUGUACCAAGAGAGCUAAAAGAUUUCGUGAUCGAAUACUACGUUUACACAGCAUCCGUUAGCAUGAUCUCGGUCGACGCGCGUCUAAGUAGACAACUCUUUCUAAAUUUCGACUUAGAACAGCGAGCUCGCGAACUCUUGACCCUACAAUACGUUGGGAACCUAUGCGGCUGCUGGCUAGAACUGUUGCUCCUGAUACCCGUUAUCUUUGAUCUCGGCCGACAAUGGAUGAUGGAGGAGGAGGUCAGCGCCCCGACCGCUGAUGACUUGGCCAUGUUCGCUUCAAUCCAAGCUCAGAUUCUCCGAUGGGCCCCAUUCCCAUUUGUCGAGCCGGAGGUGUUCAUGGCAGGCUUGAUCUUCCAACAGGCCAUGCUCAUCUAUCUAUACACGUCUUUGGGUGGUUACAAGUACACGAGGGAUGGGAUGUACAGAGGACUUAUCCAAACCGCAGUCACAGAAGCGAUGUCUUACCUGAAUCAAUUAUCGCCCAGUGCACGCAUCAAUUCUGGAAUGUGCUGGCCCAUUGCCGUUGUGGGUUCCUGCUUGGAAACCGCCGAGCAGCAGGACUGCCUGGGCACCCGACUUACGGUCAUGUCGAGCCAUUUCGGGCUUGGAAACAUGCACCGUACCUUGCAGUUAUUAGAGGCGAUGUGGGAAUUACCUCCAUCCGAGGCAGGUCCUUGGAACAUUUGCCGAUCGAUGCAACAAAAGCAAAUUUGGAUCUCAUUUGCUUGA